AUGUGUUCUCUAAGUUCCUGCCCUUCCCCUGUUUGGUCUAACAAUGAAGGAAUUAAUUUGGGGGGAAAUAAUAAUGGAGAAAAGUGGCCUGGAACUUCAACAACUACAAAACCUAAACAUUCAAUUAAUGAAAUUUUGUCAGAAAAAAAUGAAGAGGAAGAGCAGGGUGUUAAAAAGGAGGAAGGGGUGGAGGAACAAAAGAGUUUUGAACAAAAUUUGGAAGAAAAUAACAACAAUUUAAUAAAAUCAGAAGCAAUAAAAGAAGAAAGAAGAGAAGAAGAAGAACACCCCCACCAACAACAACAACCACAAAUCCCCCUAAUUCCCCCAACAAUUUCAAUUCAAAAUUUACUCCAAAAUUUUGUCCAAAAUUUAUUUUCCCAAAAAUCUACUCAACAAUUAAUCCCUCCUUCCUCAAAUAAUUAUUUCCCUCCAUUUUCUCAAUUACAAGAAUUACAAAAUAAUCAAAUAAAUAAUUGGCCAUCUUCUCUUUUAUUACAACAACAAUUAAUUGAUAAUAAUUUAAAUAAUACAGGUGGGGAGUGGUUUUAAAAAAUUUUUUUGACACCUCUUUAUAAGAGACGAUUUUUAAGUCUUGAGGGGGUGUAGUAUAAGGAGGUCUAGGUUUUAAGUUUUGAGGCUUUACCGGGGGUGUUUUAUAAGGAGGUCUAGGGAUUGUAAGCUU